AUGAAAGUGUACUGUUUAAGUGAAGAUCCGAACAAACCAUGUUUUGUGAUAAAGUUAAAAUCAGUUACAAUAAUGUUGGACUGUGGUCUAUCAGCACACAGUGUUUUGAAUUUUUUACCUUUAUAUCCAAUACCAGACUGGAAACCAAAUAAAGCAGCAGCUUGGAUACCUAAGAACUUCUCUGACCCACAAAUUGAAGGGGAACUUAAUGAAUGUAUGACUAAUCAAGUUCUUGUAAAUUCUGCACCUGAAUUCAUGACGCCACUAACAAAGUUAGUUGACUUUGCUGACAUUGAUGUUAUUUUGGUGUCCAACUAUAUGACCAUGUUGGCUUUACCAUUUAUUACUGAAAAUACAGGUUUCAAAGGGGUUGUGUACAUGACUGAACCGACUUUACACAUAGGAAAAUUAUUUCUUGAAGAACUAGUAGAUUUUGUUGAACAGUCACCAAAACCUAAUGUUGCUAAAUACUGGAAGGAAAUCUUGCACUUACUGCCACCACCAUUGUGUAACAGUUUCAAACCUCAUACAUGGAAGCAAUUGUACAGUCUUGCACAAGUUAAUUCAAGCUUAACACGUGUGCAAAUGAUCAGUUAUGAUCAAAAAAUUGAAAUUACUGGUGCGUUGACUGUAACAGCUGUUAGCUCUGGUUAUUGCCUGGGUAGCAGUAAUUGGGUGAUAUAUUUGGAAAGUAAGAAAUUGGUUUAUGUCAGCAAUACUUCAACAUUAACAACCCAUCCAAGACCCAUGGAUCAAUUUAACUUAAAAAAUGCUGAUCUAAUGCUGUUAAGUAGCCUAACACAAGCACCCGCUGCUAAUCCAGACACAAUGCUCGGAGAACUAUGUUUGUCAGUUGCUGUUACAUUGCGAAAUAAUGGUUCAGUCCUUAUUCCAUGUUAUCCAUCAGGUGUUGUUUAUGAUUUAUUUGAAUGCUUAUCAUCUCACUUGGACAGCACAGCUUUAGGUCAAAUUCCAAUGUAUUUUAUUUCUCCAGUGGCGCAUAGUUCUUUAGAAUAUUCAAACAUUCUUGCAGAAUGGUUGUCUCAAUCAAAACAAAAUAAAGUAUACUUUCCAGAAGAACCAUUUCCACAUGCACAAUUAGUGAAGUCUGGGCGUUUAAAGCAUUUUAAACAUGUCUAUACAGAUGAUUUGUGGAACGAUUUAAGACAACCUUGUGUGGUAUUUUGCGGUCAUCCUAGUUUGCGAUUCGGUGAUGUCGUACAUUUUGUGGAAUAUUGGGGUACAAAUCCUCAAAACACAAUAAUAUUCACAGAACCAGAGUUUCCAUAUUUAGAAGCCUUAGCUCCGUUCCAACCACUAUCUAUGAAAGCUAUGCACUGUCCUAUUGAUACAAGUAUGAAUUUCACCCAGGCCAACAAAAUGAUUAAAGAUCUUAAACCAGCUGUGUUAAUUCUUCCCGAGCGUUACGCCAUUCCACCAACUGGAUUUGGUCAUAAAAAUGAAUUUGUUAUUGAUCAAAUUGAUAGGAAAGUAUUAACUAUAAGACGAGGCGAAGUUAUUUCAGAGAAACUUGAUAUAAAAACAGUUAAUGUACCAUUUACAACAGAGAUGGUGGUGAGUGUAACACUAAACGAAUUACAAUCUGGACUAAAGGCAUCAAAAUUUACAGCUGUUUUAGAUACUAAAGAUAAUAAGUAUAAAUUAGACAUUUUGAGGGAUGACUUAUUAGCAAAUAAGACAACUGAACCUUAUUUAUUAGAAACAUUAUUUAAAAAAACUUAUGAAUGGGGGCAAUUGGAUAUUGAUAGGUUUUUACGUGCAUUGACAAAUGAAGGAGUGAGUGACCCUAAAAUUGAACAUAACGCACAUGGGUAUACCAUACAUCUUAAAUCAGAAGACACAUUGAUCCAAGUGGAUGAUAAGUCCACUCAUAUAUUCUGUGAAAAGAUGGAUAAAAACUGGAGACUUAAACUUAGAAGUAUAGUAAUGGAGUGCCUUAAUUCUUUUUAA